CAGUGUUGGUCAUUCUGUCACCGCGCGCGGCUGGAGUGCUAUUCUGUGGGACAUCAGCUGGUUCGGACGUUCUGCUAGAAUCCGUAGACGUUCGGUUCGGUUCGUUCGUUCAGCGCAUUCUGCGGGGGAAGAUAAGUGUUCUAGCGUUGCAAGUCGCGGUCGCGGGGUUCUAUCGCCCUUUAUCAAAUGUCGCUCGAGGAAGAACAUCGCUCAGUCUACGGUUGGACGUGAUCGCGAACGGCGGUGCCUUCUCUUCUUCAAGAACAAGGUUUUUUUCCGAAGUUCUCUGGAAAAACGGUGUGGAAAAUUUCUUCUUCGCGGUUCUGGAGUUGGCAACGAGCAAAAGAAGGAAGUGAACCAAAGUGAAUUGUUAAUGAGGUGUAAAUCGCGGUGGUCAGUUCGGUUGAUUGGUAUGUGUUAGGGUACCAUUUCUGCUGAUGCUCGUCAUCGGCAGGCACUCAGUCAGUAACCUCACCAUUCCGCGAGUUAUAUUUAUUGUGUGCCAAGUGAUUUGAUUGUUGCGAACGCGUGAAAAACGGAAGCCCUGAGUACCUAUUUAGGUGUCUAGCUGUUACUCGCUGCAUAGAACGCGAGUGUCCGAAAACGAAAACUGCGAAAACGCCAAAUUGAUAACAGUGCGAGAAGUGGACGGCGGCGAUCAACUAACGCAAAUCCGGAGCAACGAGCCAUAUCCAAGCGGCUAGAAGCGGAUUCGGAAACUCAAAGCUAGUGCCAGAAGAGCAGACGGUCGGGGCAGACAUGAGGAGCAGAGGUAGCUGUUUUAUGCUAAUAGCAUCAAUUGUGAUAUUAUCAGUUAUACAUGACGGACGGUGUCAAGAUUUUGGAUACGAUGGAGAAAAAGGUCCAUCCCAUUGGGGCGAACAGUACAACAGCUGUACCGGAAAGCAUCAGAGUCCAAUCAACAUCAACUCGCUGGACGUGAAGAAAGUGAACCUUCCGCCGCUGAUCUUCGAUGGGUUCGACGUGCCGCCGCAGCAAACCAAUCUGACAAAUAAUGGACAUACCGUGGCCGUCACCAUGAAGUCCGAUCAUAUUCCAACGAUCUCGGGAGGACCGCUGAAUGGAACUUACCAGUACUCGCAGCUGCACUUUCACUGGGGCGACAAUGAUACCUUCGGCAGCGAGGAUAUGAUCGAUAAUCACAUCUUCCCCAUGGAACUGCACGUGGUGUUCUUCAAGCAGGACUACAGAAACGCCAAAACGGCUCUGGAACACUCGGACGGCCUGACGGUGCUGGCAUUCUUCUACGAGGUGUCCGAACGAGCCAAUCCACGGUACGAAGAGUUUGUGACGCUGCUGGGGAACAUUACCAGCGCUCACAAGUCGACCACCUUCACCAAUCCACCCUCGUUGAAGGAUCUCAUCGCGCACGAUACGCUGCACUACUAUACGUACGAUGGAUCGCUGACGACUCCUCCCUGCAGCGAAGUGGUCACGUGGAUUGAUUUUAAGGAGCCGAUUCUGCUGUCACAUUCACAGAUUGAGGCAUUCCGCGCACUUGACGACGAGGAAGGUCACCCACUGACCCACAAUUUCCGACCGAUUCAACCGCUGGGCGAUCGAGUGGUGCUCUACAAUACGGAUGAAAUCGUGAAGGAUGUUGACCUGGGACAACCCGAGGAGCCGCCAAGUGAAGUCGAGCAGAAUGCCAUCGAUGAACCCAAGAAGGAGCGUACCAGCGGAAGGAAGAAUGGGAAGGACAGUGGAGCAAUGGCUUCGAUGGGAGUCAGCUGGUUGGUGCUGGCCACCGCAGCCAUGGCCAUGGUUUUUAGUUCCUACGGUAGGGAUUAGAUUUUAGGGCUAGAGAGCAGUUGGGAAGUCUCCUCAUUGCAAGGUUUCAAAAACGAGAGCAACUGAAAUUGUAGCGAAAUUAUAGUUGAGUGUGUAAGAACGAUGUUGAUCAUCGGAUGGUAACAAAUUCGCCAAAUUGGACCGUCUAAUCUAUUCAGUAUUUCGAUGUAGAUUUCAUAUUUAACCACCUAAAAUAGUCAUGGACCAAACACAGGGAGAGAUUUAUUCAGUCAACUCACAUCAUUUCGUCCUCGUUAAACAUGAAUUUGAAAAUUUGACUAGAAAAAUACAUGGAAAUUAGGUAAGAAAUGCGUCACACAUAAUAAUACUGAAAGUAGUUAAAUGUGUAAAAACUAAAAUCUAACUUAUUCAGAACUACAUGUGUAAUAAGUAAGGGACAUUGACAGCACCAAAAACAUAAAAAGCUAAUUUAAGAUAAGGUAGCUAGAUGUUAAAAAAAUCCAAAUAAAAAGACUUGUGAUCCCAAA